UCGUCAUUGGCCAUUGGCCAUCCCUCCGACCGGCGGCGAUGGCUCCUCGAUGGUGUAAGCGAAGGGGGGGGGGAUCUCGGACAUGUUCGUUCUGAUCUCGCUUGUCUCAUUCCUGCCGUACCGUUGGCCCAUCCACACUGAAGCCCAUUCUCCCUGACCAUCCCUGAUUCCUGGCAUCGGACCCUCUCCAUCAUCGCUUGUCCGCCCAUGGUUCAUUACGAUUCGCGAGCUCAGCUCCCCGAGGAAUCUGAGGAGCCGUCGCCGGUUAAUGCCAGUCGAGCCUCCCGCCAAACGCGGUCCUGCAAGGUCUGCCGGUCCCGCAAGGUCAAGUGUGACCGCGUCAAGCCCUGUCAUGCAUGCUGCGCCCAUGGGUACCCGUCGAAAUGUGUCUACGAAACGGCGCCAGACGAGGAUCUCCAGCCUAUCACCCAGGCCGAGGAGAUACGUCAUUUGCGGACGGAGAUCCGUGAGUUAACGGCGCGACUGAAUAAUCGCGAACAACGGAACCAAGCCCAACGGGGAUUUGCUGAGCUCCAGGAGCUCUUCGACUCCAUUCGCUCCGCCCCGCUCAAUGUUGUCGAUCACCUUAUUGCGAACAUUCGGGCCUCUCGGAGGGAAUUAGACGCGGUUUCGACCGGUCUGUGGGAAGGAGCACAAGGAAACGACGGUGCACUAGUCCCGCGCCUCUCAUGCGAGAACGUCGAUGACGAGGGGGAUGACGAAGGGUAUGUCAGUAAUCGACCUGGCCAUGUGGAUUUCAAUCGGAGCCCUUCAGAGGAUUCCGAUAGCUCGUCUAUUAGCUCGAUGAUGUGCAUGAGCGCGGCGCGGCCGAUGCUCGAUAUCUUUAUCGAGCGGUUUGUGGACGCUUUCAGCCCGGAGGUAGGCGUCAAAUCCGGCCAGGCAGGGGCCUUGCGGCGCGCGGCCGAAAUCCGAAUGUUCUCGCCUAUUCUUACCGACGCUUUCGAAACCGUUUCGGUUGCAUUUUUCGGUCGAUCUAUCCAAGACAAGGGUAUUGAGGCCUCGGGUUUCCGCACUUAUCCCCGCGUCCUACGAAGUCUCCAAGAGGCUUUGCAGGAUCCGGAACGCAGCAAGGCUGAAUCUACUUUGGUGACGGUCAUUCUUUUAAUGGCCUUUGAGAGUGUUGAGCGUACUACUCAGGGAUCAUUGUCAGCACAUGUACAAGGUGCAGUACGACUGAUCGAACAUAGAGGCCCUGAAAACCACAUCUACGGUGUAGAGCACUUAUUAUUUACGGAACUUCGUCCAUAUUGGGUUGGGGCUGCACUCGUCACACGAGAGCCAUCAUUCCUUGCCCAGGAAGAAUGGAAAACAAUUCCCUGGUCGGCUGGUACGACCAAGAAGGAUAUCCUACAUCAUCUCCUAGAUUUGACGGUGGAGAUCCCAGCCUUGCUUUCGCAACAUGAUGCCCUCGAAGCUGAGUUGCAGUCGGGCAUUAUGAUGGGUGCGCACGAAACAGCGGUCAAGCAAACCACCUUGUGGAACAGCAUUGCGGAUUUGACGGCUCGAUUUGUGCAGUGGAAAAUCACAUGGGUUGAUAAUUAUCCUGAUGGUCCACCGAAGGAAGUUGAAACAGAACCCAAUGAUCAAUUUCCCACAUUCUACUGCCGGGAUCUGCGGACUGGUGCCAUAAUAAAACCUACGAAAUUCGCUUAUCCAAACCUCCGCCUGGCUCAGACCAUGUGCUUGUAUUACUCUACGCGGCUUGUCUUGUCAUCCGUGGACACCCGACCGGAUCGUGUUAGCCCCGCAGAGCAAUACGGCCUGGGAUGCGGCAUUUGCCGGAGUCUGGAAUGGUACAUCCUCACCGCGCCGGGAAAUAUGAUCAAUCGCCUGGCUUUUCCUGUCCGUGUAGGAUGGGAAGCGUUCCCUGACGGUGGUCCUGAACGCAAGUUCAUGUAUGAGGUGCUGAAGCUGGUAGAAAAACGGCAUGCACUGGGUCUUUGGGGAAGUGCGAUGCCUGAGCUAUCUACUCGUUCCGGCUCACCACCAAAAUCAACUUAGCAUCGAAGUUUGUUGGCUCUAUAAUAUCUUGGAUACUGAUAAAGAGACUGGGGAGGUUGCAGUGUUUUUCUUGGUUGGCAAUCGCAGGACGAGCGCUAGCAAGGCCGCACAAAUGAAGUAAUGAUUUAUGUCAGCGCGAUUCGACUCUACAAGCAUUCGGCAUUCAUUCAUCCAGGAGGGAUAAGUUCAAAAGUCUGGGUUACAGUUCACCCCUUUUACGGCUUGUACAGUAUGUCUACCGCUGGGGUUAAUGUUGGUCUUUUUGGGUGUUGCGGCACUCGAGGCAGAAAAAUGAUCUGCCACACGUGUGUAAAUAUCUCACGGGUUUUGUUUCCUGAUUUUCUCGGGUCUAAUAUUCACCUUCGUCCGUUCAAUGAUAUGUGAGGAC